AUGCGCCUCAUAAACGAGCGCCCUGCGUAUUACAGCCUGAUUAACAAUCUAACCUCUACCCACCUUCCUGCCAUUACCAACAUGUUGGGCCUUCCUGCCACCUCCUACCUGUUGGGCCUUCCUGCCAUCUCCUACACAUUGGGCCUUCCUGCCACCUCCUACAUGUUGGGCCUUCCUGCUACCUCCUACCUGUUGGGCCUUCCUGCUACCUCCUACCUGUUGGGCCUUCCUGCCACCUCCUACACAUUGGGCCUUCCUGCCACCUCCUACAUGUUGGGCCUUCCUGCUACCUCCUACAUGUUGGGCCUUCCUGCUACCUCCUACAUGUUGGGCCUUCCUGCUACCUCCUACAUGUUGGGCCUUCCUGCUACCUCCUACAUGUUGGGCCUUCCUGCUACCUCCUACAUGUUAGGCCUUCCUGCUACCUCCUACCUGUUGGGCCUUCCUGCUACCUCCUACCUGUUGGGCCUUCCUGCCACCUCCUACAUGUUGGGCCUUCCUGCCACCUCCUACACGUUGGGCCUUCCUGCCACCUCCUACCUGUUGGGCCUUCCUGCUACCUCCUACAUGUUGGGCCUUCCUGCCACCUCCUACCUGUUGGGCCUUCCUGCUACCUCCUACCUGUUGGGCCUUCCUGCUACCUCCUACAUGUUGGGCCUUCCUGCCACCUCCUACCUGUUGGGCCUUCCUGCCACCUCCUACAUGUUGGGCCUUCCUGCCACCUCCUACCUGUUGGCCCUUCCUGCUACCUCCUCCACGUUGGGCCUUCCUGCCACCUCCUACACGUUGGGCCUUCCUGCCACCUCCUACCUGUUGGCCCUUCCUGCUACCUCCUACACGUUGGGCCUUCCUGCCACCUCCUACAUGUUGGGCCUACCUGCCACCUCCUACACAUUGGGCCUUCCUGCCACCUCCUACACGUUGGGCCUUCCUGCCACCUCCUACAUGUUGGGCCUUCCUGCCACCUCCUACAUGUUGGGCCUUCCUGCUACCUCCUACAUGUUGGGCCUUCCUGCCACCUCCUACAUGUUGGGCCUUCCUGCUACCUCCUACCUGUUGGGCCUUCCUGCCACCUCCUACACAUUGGGCCUUCCUGCCACCUCCUACACGUUGGGCCUUCCUGCCACCUCCUACACGUUGGGCCUUCCUGCCACCUCCUACACGUUGGGCCUUCCUGCUACCUCCUACCUGUUGGGCCUUCCUGCCAUCUCCUACACAUUGGGCCUUCCUGCCACCUCCUACAUGUUGGGCCUUCCUGCCACCUCCUACAUGUUGGGCCUUCCUGCUACCUCCUACAUGUUGGGCCUUCCCAUGUUGGGCCUUCCCUACCUCCUACCUGUUGGGCCUUCCUCCUCCUACAUGUUGGGCCUUCCUGCUACCUCCUACCUGUUGGGCCUUCCUGCCACCUCCUACACGUUGGGCCUUCCUGCUACCUCCUACCUGUUGGGCCUUCCUGCCAUCUCCUACACGUUGGGCCUUCCUGCUACCUCCUACCUGUUGGGCCUUCUUGCCAUCUCCUACACGUUGGGCCUUCCUGCCACCUCCUACACGUUGGGCCUUCCUGCCACCUCCUACACGUUGGGCCUUCCUGCCACCUCCUACAUGUUGGGCCUUCCUGCCACCUCCUACCUGUUGGGCCUUCCUGCCACCUCCUACACGUUGGGCCUUCCUGCCACCUCCUACCUGUUGGGCCUUCCUGCUACCUCCUACACGUUGGGCCUUCCUGCCACCUCCUACCUGUUGGGCCUUCCUGCCACCUCCUACAUGUUGGGCCUUCCUGCCACCUCCUACCUGUUGGGCCUUCCUGCCACCUCCUACAUGUUGGGCCUUCCUGCCACCUCCUACCUGUUGGGCCUUCCUGCCACCUCCUACCUGUUGGGCCUUCCUGCCACCUCCCACCUGGGCCUUCCCACCUCCCUGUUGGGCCUUCCUGCCACCUCCUACCUGUUGGGCCUUCCUGCCACCUCCUACCUGUUGGGCCUUCCUGCCACCUCCUACCUGUUGGGCCUUCCUGCCACCUCCUACCUGUUGGGCCUUCCUGCCACCUCCUACCUGUUGGGCCUUCCUGCCACCUCCUACCUGUUGGGCCUUCCUGCCACCUCCUACCUGUUGGGCCUUCCUGCCACCUCCUACCUGUUGGGCCUUCCUGCCACCUCCUACCUGUUGGGCCUUCCUGCCACCUCCUACACGUUGGGCCUUCCUGCCUCCUACCCUCCUACCUGUUGGGCCUUCCUGCCACCUCCUACCUGUUGGGCCUUCCUGCCACCUCCUACCUGUUGGGCCUUCCUGCCACCUCCUACCUGUUGGGCCUUCCUGCCACCUCCUACACGUUGGGCCUUCCUGCCACCUCCUACACGUUGGGCCUUCCUGCCACCUCCUACACGUUGGGCCUUCCUGCCACCUCCUACACGUUGGGCCUUCCUGCCACCUCCUACACGUUGGGCCUUCCUGCCACCUCCUACCUGUUGGGCCUUCCUGCCACCUCCUACACGCCAGGGGUCUAGUGUGGAACGGACUAGCCCAGCUCGCCUGGCGUGGAACGGACUAGCCCAGCUCGCCUGGCGUGGAAUGGACAAGCCCAGCUCGCCUGGCGUGGAACGGACAAGCCCAGCUCACCUGGCGUGGAACGGACAAGCCCAGCUCACCUGGUGUGAAACGGACUACCCCAGCUUGCCUGGCGUGGAACGGACUACCCCAGCUUGUCUGGCGUGA